UCUUCUCCCACAACAUUUUUUCUUUUCUCCCAAGUCCAAAGCGAUCCUCCCGCACACUCGAGAAUGUUCCGCAACCCGCGCCGCGCCGCCCUACUCCUCGCCGCCGGCGCCGCCGCAGCGGGAGCCGGGCACCUCCUCGACCGCGGCGACUCCGCCACGGUCGUCACCGUGUCUGCCUCCGCGCCGCUCCGCCAUCUCCUGUCCACCGCCGCCACGGGGCUCUUCUCCAGCAACCCCCUCUUCGCGCCGUGGCAAGGGGGUUUUACAGGGGGUUUCCCUAUACUAAACUCUUUUGCAUGUGCAUCGGUUCCGCCCGCAAACCUGAGCAACCAUGCCUCUGGUGGAAACUCUGAUGAUUCGAGAUGUUGCCCAGGAUGUCUAGGCAGAAACUCAAUUGCCAAUGCCGCAGCUGCAGUUGGUCCUGCUGUGGUGAAUAUUUCUUGUAUGCAAGGAAAUGGAUGGUUGCGAGAGAAGAGCCUUGGAUCAGGGACUAUAAUAGAUCCAGAUGGGACCAUAUUGACAUGUGCCCAUCUUGUUACAGAUUUUCAAAGCACAAAACCAGGUCUAAAGGGGAAGGUUAGUGUGAGUUUACAAGAUGGUCGUGAAUUUGAAGGCAUAGUUCUCAAUUUUGACCACCACUCAGAUAUCGCUGUUCUGAAGAUCAAGUCCAAGACACCUUUACCAGCUGCAAGACUUGGAUCCUCAUGUAAGCUUCGACCAGGUGACUGGGUUGUUGCUUUGGGCUGCCCACUUUCUCUUCAGAAUACAGUUACAGCUGGCAUUGUAAGUUGUGUUGACCGGAAAAGUAGUGAUCUGGGUCUUGGAGGAAUACGAAGGGAGUAUCUGCAAACAGAUUGUGCCAUCAAUAUCGGUAACUCUGGAGGUCCUCUUGUGAACCUCGAUGGCGAGAUCAUUGGAGUUAAUGUGAUGAAACUUAGGGAUGCUGAUGGUUUGAGCUUUUCAGUACCGAUUGACUAUGUCGUGAAAAUAGUGGAGCACUUCAAGAAAAAUGGGAGAGUUGUACGCCCGUGGCUUGGUUUGAAGAUGCUUGAUCUUAAUCCAAUGGUCAUUGCGCAACUUAAAGAAAGAUCAAGUUCUUUCCCUGAUGUAAGCAAAGGUGUGCUUGUUCCAAUGUGGAUUACCAGGUUACACCAGGCUCGCCAGCCGAACGUGCAGGAUUUGCUCCUGGGGACGUAGUCACUGAAUUUGAUGGUAAACCAGUGGAAACGAUCAAAGAGAUUAUUGGUAUCAUGGGGGACAAGGUUGGAGUGCCAUUUAAAGUUCUUGUUAAAAGGGCGAACAAUGUACAUGUGACUUUGACAGUUACGCCAGAGGAAGCAGAUGCCAGCAGGUGACCCACGAUUAUCUGCUUGAGGUUAAUGAGCUCAGAGGAGAAUUUUGCAGUACAAAUAUAGUUUUCCUUAAAAAAUCAUUUUAUGCGGCCUAUGGACAUUCUGUUGAGUUCGAUGUAGGCAUGGGUAAUGGGUAUUCUCCUUCCUCAUUGAGGGAAAGAAAAACUUACCAAUAGAUAUGGUGGUGCAGUGUUUGACUUGACAAAAUGUGAAACUCAUCGAAGAAUGUGGAUGUGGAGUUUCGUAAUCUGUAAUACUUAUGAACAAAAUAGGCAAGAGUAGCAGUAAGGUAUGUCUGCAUCUUUUGAUAGAACUUCUGUUUCAGAAGCAUGGUAAAGGUGGGCAAGAGACUGAAACAGCAGAGUCAUCGAAUAAUUUUUACAUUCUGCACUGGCACUGGCAAAAACUUAAAUGGAUGCAUGGUUCGCAUAUCUGUUUGGAAGCAAUGUUCAUUUUUUA